AUGAACGAGUCCUGGGUUGAAACGCCUUACGCGCAAAUGCGGGGCGGGGACGGGGAAAUGCUCCUCCACGAGACUGCCCAUCCGGAGCCAGCUACAUUUCCACGCCUCUAUCCCAGCGCUCGCCGAAUCCGCUGUGUUGGUAGCCUGGACCCUGACCCGGUUAAUGGUAUCGCCAGGGGUCUUGGCCGCGCCGUCCGCCGCAAUGCCUUGUCCAUGAGUGAAGCUGUCGAUUUCCUGUUUCAUAUGGCCAACGACGAGUCCUCCCUGGCGGUCAUGGGUGAGGGAUUUGGUGAAAUGGCUGCGCAGUUCCGCGGUGGUGACGUCACGAUCAAGGAGCUAUUUCAACUGGUCGCCCACGCGAAUCGCAAGCUCAGCCCCUUCCGGUACGCUCUGUGGGGGAUGAUCGAGCAGAUUUGGACUGGGGAGUGUACGACAGGGGAGGUCCUUAGCUUCCUCGUCGACAUGGCUCGGCGCAAGAUGGCGGCAAAUGGCUCCGGAAUGCUUGUUCGAGCCGUUGGCACACGCAAUGGUCUCCCUGUCUCGAUUACCAAGCGUAUACCCAAAGCAGACGAGCACGCGUACCUUAGCAAAACUAUGGGUACUGCAACGGGAACUGCAUGUGCAGCCUUCAUGGUCAUGGCGAUUGAGAAUGGUCUCAGGCGUAAUGGCGUCUUUUGUCCGAAAGAUUGGGCUACACCGGUCAGAUUUUACGAGGCCUUGGAACGUGUUGGCACCCCCAAGAAUGAAAUCAUAGAGAGGGUCUAA